AUGACGGACCGUCGCAGCAGCAGCAGCAACAGCAGCACCAAAUCGCGAUGGGCUACACCGGCGGAUUGGGAGGCCCAUCGGGAGCACAUCACACGCCUCUAUCAAGACAGAACCUUGAAAGAGACCAUGGAGGUCAUGCUACGAGAUUAUGGGUUCUCGGGAACUACGAGAAUGUACAAAUCGCGUAUCAAGGCUUGGGAUCUACGGAAGAAUCGAGGAUUCGGGCGCGUCAAGGAGUCACUCGAACAGUUGGUUGCCUGCAGUCAGGGUGACGCCGUGAUUGACGUCAAGCGGUACAAGGAACUUGCAGUAUACAUUCGCCGCCUUCCCCUGGAGCAGCAGGGAGCCCUCGUACGGCUGUUCAACCAGAUUCGACCUGAUAUCACGCCGCGGAGGAGCCUUGCGGGAGCCGACGACCUUUACCGGACAGAAGGAUGUCUAUAUCAUCUCCAGAAUCACAUUGUCGGCCUCUUCGACAACCACCUCUUCGAUGGCGAGACGGCGCCAGUAAAUCACAUAACAUCGCUCUAUACGGAAUGGUACCACGCCACCAUCGUCGCUCAAGGGGCACUGCGCUUCGGUCGGACGGUGGAGGCGUUCAAGGUGAUCCAGCCCUACUUUGACCAGUACCAGGAGGUGCUCCUCACCCACGACCCCCGUCUAUUUGGGUGCACCUCGGCGUUUGCGGCGCUCAUCUCGCUCUCGGGACCUGAACUCGGCAACGCCAUGUUGAGCUACGCGCAGCAAAUGGCCGAGACCAUGUACGGCCCGUACCACCCGUACUGCAAGGCGUUGAAAUCGCUCGCCGCCAUGGCGGUGCCGGAGCGUCGCGCCGCGUGUGCCACUCUGCUGGUCUCGGGCUACCAGAUGCUACGGAAACAGCUCACGCCAGGUGCACCUUAUGAGCUCUACACGGAGCAGGACUGCCGCGCGGCCGAGAUUUUCAUCUUGCGCAACGACCUCGGCGCCGAUCCCGGUAGCAGCCACCACUACCGAGUCUCCAAGGCGAUAUUCGAGAUCACCGACUUGAUCACGAGCCGGGACUGGUACGACGAGCAGGAGCAGAUGCCCAUUUCUGAUGUGAUUGACACGAUUGCCGAGAUCUCGGGCGAGGUGACGAGCCCGCCGCGCGACGACGAUCCAGAUGAGACGACCGUGGACUUGCAAUGGCGGCAAUGGGACGGUGGGGAUAGCAGCAAGCCCGAGGGCAGCGCGACUGCCGGAGACGAUAACAGCUUGGUUGAAGUCGAGAGGCGACAUCAUACCCUGGCGAAAAUGUCCAUGUUGGCAGACCUCGAGCAGUAUCUGACGUUGAACGGCCAGACCAGCAACGCCCUCGAGGCCCGCCGAUCUUUUGAGGAUUCCCUCGUCAAGCACUGCGAGAAGCUCAAAAUUUGA